AUGGACCAGGAGGAGGCCCCACCGCCUUACUCUGCCGUCGAUCCAUUAGUGCCACCGGCGAAUAACAGGAACAAUACCCCCCAGCGGACCUCAGCUCCUUCGCGGGGAAAUGCUGCAGAGCCACAAGGCGCCGGUAGCUCCCGGAUUGCGGAGCUGCCUCCACCAACGUCGCCUGCAAUUGUGCCAAUCCAUUUCACUUCCGCCGUGGCUUACUUCGAGGAGAGACCUCCGCUCAUAUUGGACGACAGCCGGAGUAUUCUUCAUCACCACAUGACGAUAUACCCUCGCAGCCAAGCAAAAGACUUUCCCCGGCGACCCCGCUGCUGGACAUCCCGCAAGAAUGAGAUAUCCCAACAGGAUUGGGACACCUUCCUGCGUUACCUUUUCCCACCCGAAUUAGGGUUGGCUGCGUCGUCGCAGCAUCUCCCCCGCCAAUUGCGAGCGGAAAUCCAGCGGGACCGCAAAGAUAGGCCUCAGGAAACGGAUGAACAGCGACGAGCUCGUAUUAUGGCCGUGGUUGAUGAAUGGAAUCAAUGCUUUUUCGAGCCUCGGGCCACCAAUAUUGCAUUUGUUUAUAUUGGAGAGCCGGAUGCUGCUCCCUCGUCAGCACUUUGUCCCCAUUGCUACCCCGCGGCAACCAAGGCGACACAGGGAAAUGGAGCCUCAGCUUCUACAGCUUCCCCAGAAGGGCAAUCCCCAUGGAGCUCAAACACGUCGUCCCCUGUGCCAGGGCAGUAUGCUCAGUCGCAGUCGCCAACAUCUUGGCCUUAUGCCCCAGCUGCUCCGUAUGGACUUCCGCCUGGUACUAUGCAGUAUGGUAGCCCAUAUGGUGUUCCCCCAUUUCCGGGUCACGGCUAUCCUCCGCCACAUCCGCCUCCAGGCGUCCCGCCCUGGCAAUGGAACAAUUGGGCUUAUUCUCAACCUCAAAAUGGAAAUUCCAGCACAUCCAAGGGUGCAUUUGGCUGGUUCUCUAAUAUCACCGCCCAAGCCCAGAAAUAUGGCGAGCGCUUCGCAGAGCAAGCGCAACAUUAUGGGGAUCAGAUCAGUGCACAGGCCAUGUACUAUGGCCGGCAGGUCGAGGAACAAGCUAUGGCACAUGGUCGAUGGGUCGAAGAGCAGGCCCGGUUUGGUCGAAAGCCAGAUGCAUACCAACCAACUGGUUAUCCUCCUCAGCCUGCUUGGCCCCCUGGUCAGACAAACGGGACUCUAUAUAAUACGCCAAAUCCCCCAACCCAACCACCGUUAGCUGAGCUGGCCGCGCAACCCUCAACAAUAGAAGUUCCGGUGCAACCCACAGUCAUAGCCGCAACCACAACCCAAAACCAAAACCAAAGUCACAGCCAACCACAAAUCCAAACCCAAAGUGGAAAUCAAGGUCAAAAUCGAAGUCAAAGUCAAAGUCAAAGUCAAAAUCAAAAUCAAAACCGCAGCCAAGAUGACGCUAAAGACAUACCUCCCUUUGAAAAAACGCGCCGCCUAUCCACCAGCUCAGCAUCAUCCGAAUCGUCCCUUAGCUCUCUCGACUCACUAUCUACCACUUCCGAUCUCGAUGCGUCUGACCUGGCCACAGUCCGCACCCAGCUUCAAUCCUUGGAUGACCGACACGACCGUACUCUUUAUGAUGCUGCGGCUGAUCUUCGACGUCAGCUCGAUGUUCUACAAGCGUCUCGCCGCGAAGCCCGGUUUUCUGGCCGGCAAAUUUGGCGCCCUGGGACGAAGAACCAAAAUCAACAAAUUCCAAAACCCGAUAAUAGUGACUGGGGCCGAUGGGAUUCGCCCGAGCAGCAACAGCGCCAGGCUGCCGAACGGCGCGCCUUCAAAGAGGAACACCGCGCCACCAAGAAGGCUUUUCGGGAGGUGGUUCGCCGAGCACGCGAAGAGCAUCACAGUCUCAGACGGGUUCAUAAGAAUCAUCGACGCCAUGGUCAUAGUCAUGGUCACGACCAUGGAAGACAUCACUGGUCUAUGGACAGUAUGAAAAAGAAAGAUCAGGGUGCCUUGACUGGGCGUAUGGAGAACCUUGCCCUCAAUGGGUCACAUCAAGCUCCCCUUCGUGCCCAAACGGCACCUGUUGUUCAGACUUCUUCUCCUACUUCAGGGAUUCCCCCCAUGCGUGUUGAUAUCAGUUCGGGUGCCAACACCCCCGGCUCGAACACGCAUUCUUCUUCUCAGUCUAGCAUGCAUGGCUUUCCGAACGAGCUUCCGGAUCGUAAGGGCAAAUCUGCCCCACAGACAAGACUCAGGGACAAGCUGAAGCCACGCAUCUCUAAGAAAGCGCAGCAAAGUGACCCUGCACAAGCAUCCCGAGAUGAAGAGUCUGACAAGAAGUCAUCCUCGAAGAAGAAAGCGAAGGAGUAA